AAACAUUGAAAUGCAAGCGCCUUGUUCAAAAUCUGUCAGCGCCAUUUUUGAAACAUAACACCAUAACAUGACACUAACAUCAUGUUAAACAUGUGCUUUUAUUUCUAUCCACAGGUAUUUCCAAAGGUUUGAUGACAUCUAGACCAAAUACCAAUUACCAUGUCUGUUGUCCCAGGGUUGGCAGUUUAUCUUCCAGAUAAUCAGUCUGUUUGGCUUAAGGGUAAAGUGCUAAUGGUGGAAGAUGACAAGUGCACUGUUGCAGUUUUACACACUGAGGAGACCUCAGUACAUGAAUGUGAUACAUUGUUACCAAGCUCUGACCAGCGUUUGCUGUCAGUGGACAAUCUAAUACAGCUUGCACCUAUCAACCAAGCUUCAGUUCUAUGUUGCCUGAAUGAAAGGUUUGCUCAUGACUUGUUCUACACCAGCGCGGGCAGCACAGUGAUUGCCAUAAACCCUUUCAAGGAAAUCCAGAACUUGUACAGCCGCGAUCUUGUGAUGGCUUAUCAUGAAAAUACAGAGGACUCUCCUCACAUCUACAGUAAAGCUGGAGACGCCUUCAGGCACCUGUGUCGUGGGUUGGGUAAGGCCAAUCAGUGUAUAAUCGUCAGUGGGGAAAGUGGCUCAGGAAAGACUGUUUCUGCCAAGCAUCUGCUGCGAUAUUUGACACUAGUCGCGAUUGGAAAAGGGGAGCAAGACCAGGUGUGUAGCUCCAUAGAACAGAGAAUCCUCGACUCGAACCCAAUACUGGAGGCAUUUGGUAAUGCUGUCACCCAGCGCAAUGAUAAUAGCUCCAGAUUUGGCAAGUUCAUCAAAGUCCAGUUUUCAAGGAAUGGUCAAAUGGUAGGAGCAGAAAUUCACACCUAUCUUUUGGAGAAGACACGCGUGGUACAUCAGUCACAAGAUGAAUCCAACUUCCACAUCUUUUACCAGGUAAUGGAGAGCCUCUCUGCGGACCUGGAGUCUACCCUAAGUGAACUGGUCCGUAGACUGGGUAAGGAGGCAUUCUGUACGCUUCCUGCUGUCAGGAACCAUCACGCUCACCGAGACCUUAACACCACCCUGUGUGCCAUGACACAGAUUGGCCUCUCAGACGGGGUCCAGCGUGAUGUUACCAAGGUUCUGGUGGCCAUACUGUUUAUUUGUAACAUUAAGAUCAGCGCCAUUGAGGAGGAACUGUGUGAGCUGCUCAACGACAAUGAUGACCAGUUCUUAGACACAGCCUUUAUGGCCCUGGAAGUGAGCCAGACCAGUCUGCAGCAGGCGGCCAGUCUACUGGGAGUAGAGACUGCCAGUCUAGAGCAGGUGUUGCUGUACCGCAACAUCAAGUCUGGGGGAGACCGGCGCCUGAGUGUCUUCAUCAAACCAGUACCUGAACGGGAGGCUAACAGCCGGAGGGACUGCCUAGCUACACUUGUGUACUCAAGGCUAUUUGAUUGGCUUGCCAGUUUUAUAAAUGGGCAGAUAAAGCCAAAGGAUUAUGACUAUACAAUAGGCCUGUUGGACAUCUAUGGCUUUGAGGCAUUUGAGUCCAACAGUCUGGAGCAGCUGUGUAUCAACUAUGCCAAUGAGAAACUGCAGCAACAUUACGUGAAACACUUCCUCAAAGACCUGCAGCAAGAGUAUGAGGAGGAGUGUAUCAGCUGGGAGGCCUUGGCAUACACAGACAACCAGGCCUGUUUGCAGAUACUGGAGGGGAACUGCAGUGUCUUCACCAUCCUUAAUGAGGACAUUCAACUGAAUCGGCAAACAGACACUGUUCAGCUGUGUGAGAGGGUUCUCUUCCUGUGUCGUACCAGUCAGUUCUUGAAGAAGCCACGUCAUUACAUGAAGGAGCCAGGUUUCUCAGUGAAGCACUAUGCCGGAGAGGUGACCUAUAGCAUGGACCAGUUGUCAACUAAAAACAGGGACAGCAUUCCUCCAGAGAUAGUUUCCAUGCUUGCUAACAGCUCCAACCAGUUCAUAUCAAGUUUGUUCAGUGAAAUGGACAUCGACGAAGGGACUGGGAAACGUCGGAAAACUGUCCUGGGGAAAUUCAAGGCCUCUCUGGAUGGUUUGAUGUCUUCUUUAGGGAGCUCGGAUGUUCAUUAUAUCAGGUGUAUCAAACCAAACACCAAGAGUCUGCCCGGCCUAUUUGAUUGUCAGUAUGUAAUGUCACAACUUGUCGCUGGAGGAAUUAUCGAGACCGUGAGAAUCUGCAGCUUGGGAUAUCCAGUCAGAAUGGCGUACAGUGAGUUCUUGCAUCGUUAUGGGAUGAUCUUGCGUAAUUCUCCAACACCCCCGUCGUCUCAAAGUUCUGUUGACAAUGACAUCCUUUACGAACCCUUGGACACUCUCUACAUGAAACAGCUUGACAUGUUCCACAACUCUCCUCAAAAACACAACACUCCAAAGAAGAGGCUUAGAAGAAGAGCAGGCCUGUCCAAUUGUGACCACCUGCGACGAUGCUCAGCAGCUGUCCUGGCCAUCCUGUACGGAGACUGCAAGGGACUCACCGGUCAGUUUGGCCGCACCAAGCUCUUCUUGCACCAGCAUCAGGUUGACAGACUAGAAGAGAGGAGGUACACCAUCCUGUGCAUGAAAGCCUCUAUCAUCCAGCGCUACUGGAGAGCACAUCACAGACGUCAGCGGCUCUCUGUGAUACACCUGUCUGUGUCUGCAAGAGUCAUUCAGGCAGCUUGGAGAAGCUAUGUGCAACACAAACUGAGCAAGGCUGUUCUUGUGAUGCAGAAAUGGUUCAGGAUGCACAUGUGCCGAAAACAAUACAAAAGACUUCAAGAACAAAGGCAGAAAGCCUGCAAGGAGGCAAAAAGAAAACAGGCGUCAUGGAAACCAAUCAUGGACAGGAAACGCACAUCGUCCGGGAGCAAAAGGUCAAAGACUUCCUCAAGGUCAAGUAGUAGAGUUCACUCAGCAGACAGCUCAAGGGGGGUAUCUGACUCCAGUGGCAUACUGUCUUCAGAUAACAGUUCCCUGAUGGAUUCAGAUCAACACAUGGAUGUCAGUGAAGAAUGUAAGGCAAGCCCGUUCUCAACUAGCACCCCAAAAUCGACUUCAGCCGUUCACAUGUUUUCAGCGGAUAGCGACGGUAUUCUUGCAGGUCAGAAAGAGAAUGUUUCUCCAAGUAAAAGGAAAGCUCUCAUGCCAAGAGGUCGGCCAAACUUCCGACGAAGUCCACAAACAAAGUUCAAAUUAAAGAGGAAACACUGCAGUUCAAAUAAUGGAAACAGGAUAGAGCAUAGUGGAAUGUCACCUGUCAAAAAGAUGAAGACACCUUAUGGAUAUAAGGUUACACAGGAGGAUGGCCUUAAUGUAGGGGAUGGUAUUAUAACACGCAGAAAACUGCCUUCAGGUCCAGUCCGGUUCCAUACCCGGGCGAGCGUUCUCAAGCAUGCACACAAACUCCACCACAAGGAGCUGGUUAAAGGACUUCUAGACUGUCUCCCACACACCCCUAUCAAAUAAUGGACCUCAUCCCAAUGUUGGACGGUCCUACACACACCCGGCACAUGUGUAUACUUAUAAUAUUGUACUGUCUUUAACAGACCUUUCAUAUUUUAAGAAGUAUCCCAAUGUUAAAGGGACUUGUUAAUUGUAUGGCAAAAUUACUAUUUUCGCUAUUGGUGUCUCAGAUUCAAAAAAAGAAUGUAUGUAUUAUAUUCAAACAAGUAAAAUCACAUUCCUGACUAAAAAACAUGUUACAAACAUAUGUUUGUUAACCCUUUGCAUGCUGGGUAAUUUGUCUUCUGCUAAAAUGUAUUCUGCUGAAUUUCUAAAAUUAGCAUUUUCUUUGAUUUUUUUUCAAAGAAUACUUUCAGAAUAGCAAACAGUUUGGAUCCUGAUGAGACGACACGUUCUGUGGCGUCUCAUCAGGAUCCAAACUGUUUGUAAAGGCCUUCAAAAUUCGGUUCCCGCACUGAAAGGGUUAAUUGAUGAUCAUGAAUCAAAAUUGGAAAAAUAUAAAUCAUUAGUAAAGCUUUUCAUAGAUUGUUUAGCAAAAGCAGAGAUUACAUACAUAGCGGUAAUGAUUUGGCCCAAAUACAAAAGCCUACAUUGUAUAGUGGAGCAUGUUUGUUUUUUUUAUUGUUCUGUUUUUUAGUCCCCUACCUGUUUCACCGGAGGGGACUUAUGGUUUGUGCUCUGUCUGUCUGUCAGUCAGUCAGUCAAUCCGUCACACUUUUCUUGAUCCUGCGAUAACUUUAAAAGUUCCUAAUAUUUUUUCAUGAAACUUGGAACAUGGAUAGAUGUCAAUAUGGACAUUAUGCACGUCAUUUCAUUUCGUUCUUACGUCAAAAAUUCUGGUUGCUAUGGCAACAAAUAGACUAGAAAUACUGCUGAAAAUGGUGGUUUUCUGGAUCCUGCGAUAACUUUUAAAGUUCUUAAUAUUUUUUCAUGAAACUUGAAACAGGGAUAGAUGGCAAAACGGACAUUAUGCACGUCAUUUCAUUUUGUUCCUACGUCAAAAAAUUCUGGUGAAUAGCAUCAAAUGUUUAAAAAAAUAUUCUGAAAAUGGUGGAAUUUCUGACAAUGGUGGAGCCGGUAGGGGACUUAUAUUGCUUGACAAUAGUCUUGUUUAUUAUUUUGUUGUUGUUUUUUGUGAUAAUAUUUAUAAUGCCCCCCUUCGAAGAAUAGGGGGUAUAUUGCUUUGCUCAUGUCGGUCUGUCUGUCGGUCCGUCCACCAGGUGGUUGGCAGACGAUAACUCAAGAACGCUUGGGCCUAGGAUCAUGAAACUUCAUAGGUACAUUGAUCAUGACUCGCAGAUGACCCCUAUUGAUUUUGUAGUCACUAGGUCAAAGGUCAAGGUCACGGUGACCAGAAAUAGUAAAAUGGUUUUUGAAUGAUAACUCAAGAACGCAUACGCCUAGGAUCAUGAAACUUCAUGGGUAGAUUGAUCAUGACUUGCAGAUGACCCCUAUUGAUUUUGAGGUCACUAGGUCAAAGGUCAAGGUCACGGUGACCCGAAAUAGUAAAAUGGUUUUCGGAUGAUAACUCAAGAACGCAUACGCCUAGGAUCAUGAAACUUCAUGGGUAGAUUGAUCAUGACUCGCAGAUGACCCCUAUUGAUUUUGAGGUCACAAGGUCAAAGGUUAAGGUCACGGUCACUCGAAAUAGAAAAAUGAUUUUUGGAUGAUAACUCAAGAACGCUUUUGCCUAGGAUCAUGACACUUCAUAGGUACAUUGAUCAUGACCUGCAGAUGACCCUUAUUGAUUUUCAGGUCACUAGGUCAAAGGUCAAGGUCACAGUGACAAAAAUCGUAUUCACACAAUGGCUGCCACUACAACGGACAGCCCAUAUGGGGGGCAUGCAUGUUUUACAAACAGCCCUUGUUUUAAAAUAUUCCAAACAUUACAGUUUUGUAAGUCAAUUCAUCUGAUAAUGUUUUUAAAAAUUUGAAAACAGGUUAACAGUUAAUUAUUCACUUUAUAAGACUUUUCACCAUAGGGACCUCAUCACACCCUGGCAAAUAAUUGGGCGCGGUUCAAUGUGGGGGACUUUGCACCAUAGCAAGCUAAUUAGUGGAUUGAGAGACUGCAUAUUGGAUUGUCUUCUACACACCCUUGGAAUGUAUUUAAUUCAUUCAAAUUUAAAGUAUUUGGCACAUUAGGAAGCUUGUCAGUGGGCCAUUAGUAUACCUGCCACAUUUCUAUCCAGACUUAUCUGUAGUUUUAUUGUCCCCUACCGGUUUCACCUGAGGGGACCGGUUUCACCGGAGGGGACUUAUGGUUUGCGCUCUGUGCGUCUGUCAGUCAGUCUGUCACACUUUUCUGGAUCCUGCGAUAACUUUAAAAGUUCUUAAUAUUUUUUCAUGAAACAUGCAUAGAUGGCAAUAAGGACAUUAUGCAUGUCAUUUCAUUUUGUUCCUACGUCAAAAAUUCUGGUUGCUAUGAAAACAAAUAUAAAAUUUAAAAAAAAUCUGACAAUGGUGGAGCUUGGCAAUAGUCUUGUUAUUUAAUGCCAUGCCUAAGUUCUUGAAGUGACUCGUUCCUACGUCAAAAAUUGUGGUUGCUUUCGGAACAAAUAGACUAUAAAUACUGCUGAAAAUGGUGGUUUUCUGGAUCCUGCGAUAACUGUGCAAGUUCUUAAUAUUUUUUCAUGAAACUUUAAAUAUGGAUAGAUGACAAUAUGGACAUUAUGCACGUCAUUUCAUUUUGUUCCUACGUCAAAAAUUCUGGUUGCUAUGGCAACAAAUAUAUUUUAAAAAUCUUGAAUUUCUGACAAUUGUGGAGCAGGUAGGGGACUUGUAUUGCUUGGCAAUAGUCCUGUUAUUUCAUAAUUUGUGAUAUGCUUUCAAAUAUCUUAAUAAAUAUAUUUUGUAUUUGAUGCACACAUAUGUGUAUGGUGUAGUUAUGUUUUUAAAUCGUAUCAGUCUUUUAUUAUUGUUACUGCUAAUAAAGUAUUUAACGAAUAAA